AUGAAGAGGCAGUCGCCCGUCCUAAACACAGCCAAUGGAGUCGCUGAAAUGAGCAGGGAUUUAACCCUGCCAAUCUUGAGGGAGCAUUGUAACACUUUGCUGAACCGACUAACGCUGCCAGUCCCUGAACUCGUGCACGCUCAAAGACAGACAUACACCACGGUCAGCGAGGAGCCACCGACGGAGUCUGAGAUCAGAGUCUGUAUUCAAAAAAUGAAGGAUGGAAAACCUGGUGGAAACGAUGGAAUUAGCGCAGAAAUGUGA